UUAGUUAAGGUAAUAACAUAUUUUAAUAUUGAAACUGAGUAGACUAUUUCUUUAACAAUCUCCAAACAAUUAGUUGUUUCUCAAAAUCUGUAUUUUCGUCUGAUACAGGCUCAAACAUAAGGCAUGUUUACUAAUGUGAGCUACUGGCAUGAGCCUCAGAGCCAAUCAGAGCUCAAGAUUAUUAUUCAUGAAUCUUUCAAAUAGAGCAAAAAUAGACCAUUUUAUUCAAAGGCCAAAUCCUAGGGUUGUAAAUGUAAAACCUUUCUGGAUAAUUUUUGCACUUAAAGCUGCGGUCGGCAACUUAUUUGAUCAUAUUUUUUGAUCAUAUUCACUGAAACCAACACUAUGCUCCGAUAGAACAACAUAAAUUAGACUGUUUAAGAAAAAACCCCGCGCUUCUAGCUCCACCUGGAGUCUGUUAUUUGUUUUGCAAAAAUCCACCGCUCCCGGUUCAUUUGGUCCAAUCAGCGCAGGCUGGUUCAUUUGGUCCAAUCAGCGCAGGGCUGUGUAAAAUCUGCCUGUCAAUCACAGUACCUGCACGCGCCAAAGAUCCCCAUCCCCCUCGCGCACGUUACAAUAUCACGUGCAUCCGCCUGAAUUCAUAGGUGUUUUAGUUUGAACAGCGUGAUGGCGGAGAGAACUUUCAGUAACAAGCUUCCGAUUUCUCGGUUAACAACUAGAGCUAGGAAAACAACCAAUGAAAAGAAGGAAACAAAGAUAGAAAGCGACUGUGACCGUAAUAAAACUAGGAUCAAUAUCGGACCGGCAUUUGAAAGGAAUCUACGAGAUUUCAAGCUGGAUGCAGAGCUUGCCACAUUUCUUCUCAACAGGUAAUUGUGCUUUAUCAACCAUUGAUUGUAUUUCGGGGUGUUAUGUAAGUAAUCUAAGUAUUCUUGUUAAGUAUGCGUUCACAAUAAUAGUUUUGCACACGCGCUGACGAGAACAAGCUCUGAGGGAGGUUGCUCGGAGGUAGUGGGGGAGGGACAUGAAAUUGUAAACAUUUGGAAACUGCUCAAUCCUCCAGAGUUGCCAACGGCAGCUUUAAUAAAGUUACAUAUCUUCUAUGUAAAUAUCAAAGAACAAUUUAACAGAUUAUUUCAAUGCAUUCUUUGGCACCUUUAAUUUAACAAACAACACUGUUUUUAAAAUCACUUAAUUUGCAUAAUUCAGUUGCUGACAUCUUACCCCUCGUUCAGACAGCCAACGACAAGCAGUAGCAGAGCGACGCGAUCUCAUUCAUUUCAAUGGAAACCUGGCGACUUUCGGUGACACGAGCGACAGUGACCGUUGGCGACCGUAUGGGCGUGUCCAGCGACGCGAGAAAGUUAAGAAAAGUUUAACUUUACGCAAAUGUCGAGCGACUUUCGGGAGCGACUACCAAUAAGAACGAAGCAGUGGAGUUCACGUCAUCCUUCUCUCGUCAGUUACUGGAGUGGAUGGUACUCAUUUGUUUAUCACAAGCAGAUUUAGAAACGCCUCAUUAAAAGAGACAAGCGACACACAGCGAUAAUGUCGCUGGCUGUCUGAACGAGGGGUUAAAGAUAGUAUUAGAGAAAUGGUUAUUAGCAAAUAGCAUUUCUACUGAAGCAAUACAUGUUCAACAAAAAUGUCUGAGAAAGGGAACACAUUUGUAUAUUUUGCAAUAAUUACAACAUACAGGAAGAGCUGAUGAUGUUUAAAGGAAGAUUUAUGACUAAAAAAUAGAAAGAGGAAUACUAACAGAAAAGAAAAAUGGUUGAUAAAUGGCACAUAUAUCUGCUGGGACUAAUAACUAUAUCUUUCUCUAAUUAUCUCACAGGUGCCAGUGGACUGAAAGUGAUUGAUGUGUUCUGUAGUGAUGGAGUAAAUGUUACUCUGCCCUGCAUUGAUGUUCAUCCUGACUGUAGAUCAACACACUGGUUCUAUCGUAAAGACAGCAAAACAACUUUAGUUAAACUGUUUCAUAAAGAAAUAAAGACAAUGGAGGAAAGACUGAGUCUGGGGUCUGACUGCUCUCUGAACAUCUAUAAAACCACAAAAGAAGAUCAUGGGCUUUACAUCUGCCAUCAACUAAUAGAUGCAAAUGAUCAACACACUGAUGUCCAAGUUUAUAUGCAUGUUCUUCAUGUGUCUUUAUCAUCCACACAGACUGAGAUUAAAGCAGGCAGAAAUGUCACUCUCUCCUGUCAAUUAUAUUCAAUAGAUGGAUAUGAUUGUGAGCAUUUUUUUCAUAAGGAUGGAUUUCAGAUGAUCUGGGUGAAUGAGUCUGAUGUUAAUCUACAAUCAGACUCCAGAUAUCAGAUCUCAUCUUCAAUAAAACACUGUAACAGCAGUCUGACUACAACACUCCUGAAUGAAGACGACAACAGAGAGUUAAGAUGUCAGAUUAUUAAAGGAACUGAAGUUAAGACCUCAGCCGGAUACACUGUCAAGUAUUCGGGAAAUUCACCCAACAUUAAGUAUGAGAUUGGAUCAAUAAUAAGAGUGAUUAUUAUUAUUGUUGAGUUUGCAGUAUUGACAGCACCUACUGUUAUUCUUCUCUUGAUCAUCUGUGAAAGGAGAUCUGGCAAAAGAAGAGAUCAAAGCACAAGACUGAGUUAUGUGAAUGGCUCAGAAUCAGUUGUAAUAAGUUAUUGUUGAUAUAAAAAUUAUAAACAUGAUGCAAUGAAUAUUUGAUUAUAUGUAGUGCUAUAAAAUAAAAAUUUUUUUCUUCAUGCAAUUUUAAGAAUUUUAAAUCAUCAAA